AUGUCACUUAUAUGGCAAGAGUUUCCUGCUGAUUUCUACAAGGUAAUUAGAGAGAAAUCCUUUACAAAUGUAGUGACCCUCUGCUUUGUGUCUCCUGCAAUAGAAGCUUGCCAAAAUGUUCUCCAUUGCUUUGAAGAGCUCAUAAAAAUUCACUCCUCCUUGAUUGUAUCAAUUGUUGAUGUCGACAAUCCUGCAAUGAAUGAAGUUAAAGAGCUAUAUCAAGUACAACGCGUUCCAACAAUAGCAGGGAUUGUUGGCUUUAAACUGUUAGAAAGACUUGAAAGCGCUGAUAUUCCUGUGAUUGUCUCAAAAAUCAUGGAUUGAUGUGAAAAUCAUAAUAAGUUAAUUGAACAAGUCAAAGAAGAGAACUUCGCAAAAAUAAGAGAAAUCCUGCAGAAGCCAGGAAUGACAAUUUUCAUUAAAGGAACACCUCAGCAACCAAGAUGCAAGUUUACAAGAAAGCUAUUGGAACUUAUAAAAGGCUAUGAAUUUAGCCAUUUUGAUAUUCUGUCUGAUGACUCAAUUAGGGAGUAUCUAAAAAUUUACUCAAAAUGGCCAACUUACCCUCAAGUGUAUGUAAACGGCGAAUUUAUUGGAGGAGUCGACAUCGUUGAAAGCUUGACUAAAACUGGAGAGUUUAUAAACUCAUCAGGGCAAAAUAUCAAUGAUCGGCUUAAAAGACUAGCAAGCAUCGAUAAAAUUGUGCUGUUUAUGAAAGGAGUGCCCGAGAACCCAUUUUGUGGCUUUAGCGAGGCGAUGGUCCAGCUGCUUGCCAAGUACGAUGUGAAAUAUACAUCAUUUGAUAUUUUUAGCGAUCCAUCAGUUAGAGAAGGUCUCAAAGUCUUUUCAAAUUGGCCAACUUAUCCUCAGUUAUACAUAGAUGGAAAUCUCAUCGGUGGAAUUGAUAUUGCAAGACAAAUGGAUGAAAGCGGCGAAUUAGAGCCGAUCUUAAAAGCUAAUUAA